AUGAGUGUGGCUGAUAGACUGCAGGUGCAAGCAGCCCGGACGUUGUUGCAAGCUCUGAGCCCCAGCGAGAAAAGGAUCGUCUCGCACAGCCUUGAUUCCGAGGACUGGAGAAAAUGGAUGAACCCCGAAUUCGUGUUGUUCAAGUGUGGCCUACGUCUCGAAGAUUUGGAAAAAGCGAAAAUCGAAGCCAUCAUGAACCUCGUGCAGAGUUCUCUCAGCGACAAGGGGUUCGACAAAGUCAGAGGCGCAAUGAAGACCAAUAAGUUUCUCGGUGAACUUUGCCAUAAAAAGGCAAUUUUGAACGAAUAUAGUUAUUUCUUCGCGAUCUUCGGAGAACCUUCAGAGACAGAACCGUGGUCAUAUAUGCUUUUCGGCCACCACCUUGCUCUCAAUGUUUUCAUCGCUCGACAGCAGAUGGUCAUCGGCCCAGUCUUUCUCGGGGCUGAGCCAAGUAUUAUCGACGAUGGCCCGGAUAAAGGGAUAACGCUGUGUGCGGAGGAAAGCGAGCUGGGUCUACGGCUAAUGAAGUCGCUUUCGCCGGCAAUGCAAAAGAAAGCGCAACUGUACUCCGGAUUGCACGACUCAGCCAUGCCAGAGGGUCGAUGGAACCCGGCUGAUCAGAGACAUCUGGCUGGCGCCUUUCAAGAUAACCGAGUUAUUCCUUAUGAAGGCGUCCUAGCUACCGACAUGACCAUCGAGCAGCGAGAAUUGCUUGUGUCGAUCAUUUCCACCUCUACGCUUCUUCCGCCAGGGCCACUUGAGUUCCGGCUAGCAGAUGUUCGCGAACACUUGUCGGAAACCUAUUUCUGCUGGAUAGGCGGCUUUAGCUCGACAGACCCUUUCUACUAUCGAAUCCAGAGUCCGGUUACGCUGUUUGAGUUUGACCAUCACUCCGGGGUCUUCCUUACGAACGACGAACCUGCAAAAUACCAUAUUCACACGAUUCAGAGGCUUCCCAAUGGCAAUGACUAUGGACGAUCAUUGAGAGAACUGCUCAGGGAAGAGGCAGAGGAAGACGAACCUGAGUACAAGGUCUGGCCAGGAAACCCAUGGGUGUGCGACAGGGAUUGA